AUGGAGGUCUGUGGGUUCGAGUCUGGAAUUCGCCCUAGCGACCAGGUCCCCCAUAGAUCUUCAGACCUCCACCAGGUCCACGACAUCGCAGGUGUGGCGUGUUCAGUUUCCAGUUUGCACCGGAGCCUUUCGAUGAAGCCGUUCGAUGAAGGAAAGUGCCGUUCCAGGUAUUCGAAGUUCACGUCGCAGCCCUCCAAGGUCAUGCCGGUCCACUACGUCCUCCAAAGGUUGAUUGAUGCUCACUGCAACCUUGCGCUCGUGGUUGAGUCCCGGCGGUGCCCACUGCGAUCUAGUCUGGCCUUCGAUGGCCCAGCCUUCCGAGGGCUUCGAGCCUCCAUGUUCUCGAAGGCUGAACAGAAACAAGCGCAAGCGAGCCUUCGAAUCCUGUGUGCACUCUAUGGAGUCCUCAAGCCUUACGAUGGCAUCAGACCCUACCGAUUGGAGAUGGCGUCCAAGUUGAAAACCUCCCGAGGAAAGACCAUGUACGAGUUCUGGGGCGAUCAGAUCACUGCGGCGCUUGCCAAGGACUUGAAGGCGGGGAAGAUCAAGUACUUGGUGAACUGCGCCUCCCAGGAGUUCUGGAAGUCCAUCCAGCCCAAGAAGCUUCCACCAGGAGUCCGAGUGGUGACCUGCGAGUUCUCCGGGCCUUCCAGUCUGGUGAAGCAGGCACGAGGGAGCAUGUGCCGCUUCAUCGUGACCAAGCGCAUUAAAGAUCCUGCGGGGUUGAAGAAGUUCACAGGAGAUGACAAGAACAGGUGGAGCUUUCAAGUGGGCCGGUCCAGUGAGAGCAAGCUGGUCUUCGCGCCAGGCAAGAAGAGGGCGGCAGAAGAUGCAAAGGCGUCCAGCAAGCGUGCCAAGCGUGCCAAGCGCUCGUGA